AUGGAUCCACUAUCGCUACCUGCUCCUGGUUCGAUAUUGUCACCCUCCUCAAACCCCCCAGUUAACCACCCAGAGCAUGACUCACAUAGUGACGAUGACGGUGAAAUCACCAUACAUGAGGUCACAGAGGAGCGUAUUUCAGUCGCAUGGGAGAAGAUCCUUGUGGGUUUCAUCAUAGAAGGACGCCCCUACAGGAAACAAGCAGUCACUGAUGCUCUUAUUGCGGCAUGGAAUCCGAGGAAUAAAGUGGAGAUCAGACCUUUGGAGGCACAAAAAUUUCUAUUCCAGUUUCACCACCGUAUGGAUCUUGAAAAUGUGAUAAUGGAGGGCCCAUGGGCUGUUUCUGGUAACUUGCUCCUGCUUGAGCGGUGGAACCCCUCGCAGAACUGGGAGUUUAGAUUAUGUGAGUUCUGGAUUCAAAUGCAUGGCAUACCCAUUGAACUUAGGGAGGAGACCAUCCUGGUCAAGAUAGCAAGAAAGGGGGGUGAAGUCAACAGAAUUUUAUGGAUUGAAGGUUUCCAAUUUGGUGAGAAAGUCUGCUAUGCUAGAGCACGGGUCCGAGUGGAUGUCACAAAGAGCUUGCGUGCCUCCAUUACUAUCAAACGCGUCAAGGGAUGCAACUCUGUAGUAACCCUAAGGUAUAAGAAACUCCCACUUGUUGCUAUUUUUGUGGUUUGA